AUGGCGGUCAACGGUGAUUCUGGCGCAAUCCCAGUGGGCGAGCCACACAAGACAUUCGACACGAUCCUCGUCCUCGACUUUGGCUCACAAUACUCUCACCUCAUCACACGACGACUUCGCGAACUCAAUGUCUACUCUGAAAUGCUGCCAUGUACACAAAAGAUCGCCGACUUGACCUGGAAUCCAAAAGGAAUAAUAUUGUCAGGAGGACCGUACUCAGUAUAUUCAGACGAUGCGCCUCAUGCCGACCCUGCAGUCUUUGAUCUUGGAGUUCCCAUCCUAGGGAUAUGUUAUGGGCUGCAAGAGAUUGCGUGGAAUCUGGACAACAAGAACGUGGUAGCUGGGGAGAAGAGAGAAUACGGUCAUGCUGAAGUUACAGUGCAGAAACAUGCAGGAAAGAAAGCGCAUAUCGAUCGAUUGUUUCAGAAUUUGGGUGAGAACCUCGAGGUGUGGAUGAGCCAUGGUGACAAGUUAUCACAAUUACCUGCAGGCUUCGAGCCGGUUGCAAGUACACCGAACGCGCCAUAUGCAGGCAUCGCUAGUAUCGAGAGACCUCUAUUUGGCAUUCAGUUCCACCCCGAGGUCACACAUACACCUAAAGGAAAGCAGCUUCUGAGCAAUUUUGCUGUCGAGAUAUGUGGUGCACGACAAGAUUGGACGAUGGAGAAAUUCGUGGACAAAGAGAUUGAGAGGAUUAGGGCCAUGGUUGGGCCUAAAGGACAGGUUAUUGGUGCUGUCAGUGGUGGUGUCGAUUCAACGGUCGCUGCGAAGUUAAUGCAGAAUGCUAUUGGAGACCGCUUUCAUGCUGUGCUAGUGGACAAUGGAGUGUUACGAAUGGACGAGGCCAAGAUCGUGAAGAAGACUCUGACAGAGCAUCUGGGAAUUAACCUCACUGUUGUUGACGCGACUGACCUGUUCCUCGGCAGGCUCAAAGGCGUCUCAGAACCCGAGAAGAAACGCAAGAUUAUCGGUAACACUUUCAUCGAGAUUUUCCAGGACAAAGCAAAGCAAAUUGCUGAAGCAGCUAAGGACUCACCAAAAGCAGGAGAUAUCGAGUGGUUAUUACAAGGCACACUAUACCCAGACGUAAUUGAGAGCAUCUCCUUCAAAGGACCUUCGGCUACCAUCAAGACACAUCACAAUGUAGGUGGUCUUCUAGAGGGUAUGCACCUAAAGCUCAUUGAGCCACUCCGAGAACUUUUUAAGGACGAAGUUCGAGCUCUAGGCACGAACCUAGGCAUAUCAGAAGAACUGGUUUGGCGGCAUCCUUUCCCAGGUCCCGGCCUUGCCAUCCGCAUCUUGGGCGAAGUGAAUGAAGAACAGCUGAGAAUUGGGAGGGAAGCAGACAAGAUCUUUAUUGAUGAAAUUGUGGCAGCUGGUCUAUAUCGACAGAUUUCACAAGCGUAUGCAGCUGUGUUGAAGGAUAGAGCUGUGGGUGUCAUGGGUGACAAGAGGGUAUAUGGACAAAUCAUUGCAUUGAGAGCAGUCGAAACCACUGAUUUCAUGACUGCUGACUGGUUCCCAUUUGACGGCGAGUUCCUGAAGCGAGUGAGUCGCCGGAUUGUGAACGAGGUUGAUGGUGUAUGCAGAGUGCUGUAUGAUGUUACUAGCAAACCACCCGGUACGAUAGAGAUGGAGUAA